GUCGCGCUCCCCCGGGAUGGCCCGCGCGCCUCGGCGCUGCCUCUCGGAGCACACGGCGGAGCGGCGGCGGCGGCCGCGCUCGCGGGGCGCGCGGCUGCUGCUGCGGCGGCGGCGGCGCGGCGCGUGAGGGGCCGCCUCGGGCCGAGCGGGCGCCGCGAGCGGCCCGGCGAGCGCAGCAAACAUGUCGGAUACCAAGGUAAAAGUUGCCGUCCGGGUCCGGCCCAUGAACCGACGAGAACUGGAACUGAACACCAAGUGCGUGGUGGAGAUGGAAGGGAAUCAAACGGUCCUGCACCCUCCUCCUUCCAACACCAAACAGGGAGAAAGGAAACCUCCCAAGGUAUUUGCCUUUGAUUAUUGCUUUUGGUCCAUGGAUGAAUCUAACACUGCAAAAUACGCUGGUCAAGAAGUGGUUUUCAAGUGCCUUGGGGAAGGAAUUCUUGAAAAAGCCUUUCAGGGGUAUAAUGCUUGUAUCUUUGCAUAUGGACAAACAGGUUCAGGAAAGUCCUUCUCCAUGAUGGGCCAUGCUGAGCAGCUGGGCCUUAUUCCAAGGCUCUGCUGUGCUUUAUUUAAGAGGAUCUCUUUGGAGCAAAAUGAAUCCCAGACCUUUAAAGUCGAAGUGUCCUAUAUGGAAAUUUAUAAUGAGAAAGUUCGAGAUCUUUUAGACCCCAAAGGGAGUAGACAGUCUCUUAAAGUUCGAGAGCAUAAAGUUUUGGGACCGUAUGUAGAUGGUUUAUCUCAAUUAGCUGUCACUAGUUUUGAGGAUAUUGAGUCAUUGAUGUCUGAGGGAAACAAGUCUCGGACGGUGGCUGCAACCAACAUGAAUGAAGAAAGCAGCCGCUCCCAUGCUGUGUUCAACAUCAUAAUCACCCAGACACUUUAUGACCUCCAGUCUGGGAACUCGGGAGAGAAAGUCAGUAAGGUCAGCUUGGUAGACCUGGCGGGUAGCGAGAGAGUGUCUAAAACAGGAGCUGCGGGAGAGCGACUGAAAGAAGGCAGCAACAUUAACAAAUCACUUACAACCUUGGGCUUGGUUAUAUCCUCACUGGCUGACCAGGCAGCUGGCAAGGGUAAAAACAAAUUUGUGCCUUAUCGAGAUUCAGUCCUCACUUGGCUUCUUAAGGACAGUUUGGGGGGCAACAGCCAGACCUCUAUGAUAGCCACCAUUAGCCCAGCAGCAGACAACUAUGAAGAGACCCUCUCCACGUUAAGAUAUGCAGAUCGGGCCAAAAGGAUCGUGAACCACGCUGUCGUGAAUGAGGACCCCAAUGCAAAAGUCAUCCGAGAACUGCGAGAGGAAGUUGAGAAACUCAGAGAACAGCUCUCACAAGCAGAGGCCAUGAAGGCUCCUGAACUGAAGGAGAAGCUCGAAGAGUCUGAAAAGCUGAUAAAAGAGCUGACAGUGACUUGGGAAGAGAAGCUGAGGAAAACAGAAGAGAUCGCACAGGAAAGACAAAGACAACUUGAAAGCAUGGGGAUUUCCCUAGAGACGUCUGGUAUCAAGGUGGGGGAUGACAAAUGCUACUUAGUCAACCUGAAUGCAGACCCUGCUCUCAACGAACUUCUGGUUUAUUAUUUAAAGGAUCACACCAGGGUGGGUGCAGAUACCUCUCAGGAUAUCCAGCUCUUCGGCAUAGGAAUUCAGCCUGAGCACUGUGAGAUUGACAUCGCAUCCGAUGGAGACGUCACUCUUACUCCAAAAGAAAACGCAAGGUCCUGUGUAAACGGCACCCUUCUGUGCAGUACCGCCCAGCUGUGGCAUGGUGAUAGAAUCCUAUGGGGAAAUAACCACUUUUUUAGAAUUAAUUUACCUAAGAGGAAACGUCGAGAUUGGUUAAAAGACUUUGAAAAGGAAACGGGGCCACCAGAGCAUGACCUGGAUGCAGCCAGUGAGGCUUCCUCCGAACCAGACUAUAACUAUGAAUUUGCACAGAUGGAAGUGAUCAUGAAAACACUGAAUAGUAACGACCCAGUUCAAAAUGUGGUUCAGGUCCUGGAGAAACAAUACCUAGAAGAAAAGAGAAGUGCCCUGGAGGAGCAGCGGCUCAUGUACGAGCGGGAGCUGGAGCAGCUCCGCCAGCAGCUCUCCCCGGAAAGGCAGCCGCAGAGCAGCGGCCCCGACCGCCUGGCCUACAGCAGCCAGACAGCGCAGCAGAAGGUGACCCAGUGGGCAGAAGAGAGGGAUGAACUCUUCCGACAAAGCCUGGCAAAGCUUCGAGAGCAGCUAGUGAAAGCUAAUACCUUGGUGAGGGAAGCAAACUUCUUAGCUGAAGAAAUGAGCAAGCUUACUGAUUACCAAGUGACUCUUCAGAUCCCUGCUGCAAACCUCAGCGCCAACAGAAAGAGAGGUGCAAUAGUGAGUGAGCCAGCCAUCCAAGUGAGGAGGAAAGGGAAGAGCACCCAAGUUUGGACCAUUGAAAAGCUGGAGAAUAAAUUAAUUGAUAUGAGAGACCUUUAUCAAGAAUGGAAGGAAAAAGUUCCUGAGGAUAAAAGACUCUACGGGAAACGGGGUGACCCUUUCUAUGAAGCCCAAGAAAAUCACAACCUAAUCGGGGUGGCGAAUGUGUUCUUGGAAUGCCUCUUCUGUGACGUGCAACUUCAGUAUGCAGUUCCUAUUAUCAGCCAGCAGGGGGAGGUUGCAGGGCGUCUCCACGUGGAAGUGAGGCGCGUUACAGGAGCUGUUCCAGAGCGUGUGGUGGAGGAUGACUCUUCGGAGAACUCCAGUGAAAGUGGGAGCCUUGAAGUUGUAGACAGCAGUGGGGAAAUCAUUCACCGAGUCAAAAAACUGACAUGCCGGGUAAAAAUUAAAGAGGCAACCGGGCUGCCCUUAAACCUCUCCAAUUUCGUCUUCUGUCAAUAUACGUUCUGGGACCAGUGUGAGUCCACCGUGGCUGCCCCCAUGGUGGACCCAGAGUUGCCUUCACCACAGUCCAAGGAUGCCCAGUACACCGUGACCUUCUCCCACUGUAAGGACUAUGUGGUGAAUGUAACAGAAGAAUUCCUGGAGUUCAUUUCAGACGGAGCGCUGGCAAUUGAAGUGUGGGGCCACCGGUGUGCUGGAAAUGGUAGCUCCAUCUGGGAGGUUGAUUCUCUUCAUGCUAAGACAAGAACAUUACAUGACAGGUGGAAUGAAGUAACUCGGAGAAUAGAAAUGUGGAUCUCCAUAUUGGAAUUGAAUGAAUUAGGGGAAUAUGCUGCCGUGGAACUUCAUCAGGCAAAAGAUGUCAACACAGGAGGCAUCUUUCAACUUAGACAGGGUCAUUCACGUAGAGUGCAAGUCACCGUAAAACCUGUACAGCAUUCGGGGACGCUGCCGCUGAUGGUUGAAGCCAUCUCGUCAGUAUCCAUCGGCUGCGUAACCGCCAGGUCCACCAAACUCCAGAGAGGCCUGGACAGUUACCAGAGAGAUGAUGAGGAUGGUGAUGAUAUGGAUAGUUAUCAGGAAGAAGACUUAAAUUGCGUAAGAGAGAGGUGGUCAGAUGCACUCAUUAAACGACGAGAAUACUUGGAUGAACAGAUUAAAAAAGUCAGCAAUAAAAAAGAGAAGACGGAGGAUGACGUGGAGCGGGAAGCCCGGCUUGUGGAGCAGUGGGUGGGGCUGACCGAGGAGAGGAACGCAGUGCUGGUGCCGGCCCCAGGCAGCGGCAUCCCCGGGGCACCUGCCGACUGGAUCCCACCUCCUGGAAUGGAAACGCACAUACCAGUUCUCUUCCUCAAUUUGAAUGCUGAUGACCUCAGUGCCAACGAACAGCUUGUUGGCCCCCAUGCGUCAGGUGUGAACUCCAUCCUGCCCAAGGAGCAUGGCAGCCAGUUUUUCUACCUGCCCAUCAUAAAGCACAGCGAUGACGAGGUGUCAGCCACAGCCUCCUGGGACUCCUCGGUGCAUGAUUCUGUUCACUUGAAUAGGGUCACACCACAGAAUGAAAGGAUUUACCUGAUUGUGAAAACCACAGUCCAACUCAGUCACCCGGCUGCGAUGGAGUUAGUGUUACGAAAGCGGAUUGCCGCCAAUAUUUACAACAAACAGAGUUUCACACAGAGUUUGAAGAGGAGAAUAUCAUUGAAAAAUAUAUUUUAUUCCUGUGGUGUAACCUAUGAAAUAGUGUCCAAUAUACCAAAGGCAACUGAGGAGAUAGAGGACCGGGAAACACUGGCUCUCCUGGCAGCAAGGAGUGAAAACGAAGGCACGUCCGAUGGGGAGACGUACAUUGAGAAGUACACUCGUGGCGUGCUGCAGGUGGAAAACAUUCUGAGUCUUGAACGGCUCCGGCAGGCUGUCACGGUCAAAGAAGCACUGUCCACCAAAGCUCGGCACAUUCGGAGAAGCCUCAGUACACCAAAUGUUCAUAAUGUCUCUUCCAGUCGACCAGACCUGUCUGGCUUUGAUGAAGAUGAUAAGGGCUGGCCAGAGAACCAGUUAGACAUGUCUGACUACAGCUCCAGUUACCAAGAUGUAGCCUGUUAUGGAACUUUACCUAGGGAUUCACCUCGAAGGAGUAAAGAAGGUUGUACAUCAGAGAAUCCUCAUGCCUUAACUGUUAGCCCUUUUAAAGCAUUCUCUCCCCAGCCGCCAAAGUUUUUCAAGCCCCUGAUGCCUGUAAAAGAGGAGCAUAAGAAAAGGAUAGCCCUUGAAGCAAGGCCUCUUCUAAGCCAGGAGAGCAUGCCUCCACCCCAGGCACAUAACCCUGGCUGCAUUGUACCCUCAGGAAGCAAUGGCAGCAGCAUGCCAGUAGAACACAAUAGCAAACGUGAGAAGAAGAUUGACUCCGAGGAAGAAGAAAAUGAGCUGGAAGCUAUUAACAGGAAGCUGAUAAAUUCACAGCCUUACGUACCUGUGGAGUUUGCUGACUUCAGUGUUUACAAUGCCAGCUUGGAGAACAGGGAAUGGUUUGCUUCUAAAGUAGAUUUGACAAACUCCCGGGUCUUGGAGAAAGAAGUGUCCCGUAGCCCUACCACCAGCAGUAUUACCAGUGGCUACUUUUCCCACAGUGCCUCCAAUGCCACGCUGUCUGACAUGGCAGUCCCUUCUAGCGACAGCUCAGACCAGCUAGCCAUUCAGACGAAGGAUGCAGACUCCACUGAGCACUCUGGCCCAUCGCUUGGACAGGAUUUCAGACCGUCAUCAAACAGAGAGUUGACAGAAAUAGAAAGAGGCUUGUUAAAGGACAAGAUAAUCAUGGUGCCACUCAAAGAAAACAGUGCCUUAGCCAAAGGGAGCCCAUCAUCCCAGAGCAUUCCUGAGAAAAACUCCAAGAUGCUGUGCAGGACUGACUCAUGUUCAGAACUAGAUGCCUGCCCCAGCAAAAGUGGCCAGCCGGCCAGAGAAUUCUGCCCCGGGGAGGUGACAGUAGAACACACCACUAACAUCCUUGAGGACCAUUCUUUCACGGAGUUCAUGGGGGUGUCAGAUGGCAAAGAUUUUGACGGUUUGACAGAUUCCUGUGCUGGAGAGCUUUCGAAUAGGAGGAACCUACCAAAUAAAAUGGACAGCAAGAGUGUCUCCGAUGGGCCCCAGGACCCUGGCCAGCAGCAUUCCAACUUAGAGGAUGAAAAGGGAGGCGCGACCCCACGGUGAAAGGCAGCGAGCUCUUCCUCCUCAAGCCCCCUUGGGAAAGCACCAGCCCAUCUUUGAAACAUGCUGCCGCCCAGCGCCCAGCUGAACCUCAGACCGGAAGCUGGAGAAGCCAAGCCAUGCGCUUCCUGGGCCACCUCCUUUCCCUUCCCCAGCGGGAGAAGCGGCACUUUGUCACUUAGGUGAAUCAGCAGCCUCUGCUUUUUUCAGAAAGCAAGAGAACUGAAAAUCCUGGAUUAACUAAGUGACAGUAUUUUUGUUUGCACUUACUACACACCUCCACUGUGUAGAAACCUCUACAGAUUCAAACAGACUUUGUUCUUGUACAGUUUUAAUCAAUUCUUACUGUAGAAUCUGGAGUCAAUGCUCUAAUUUGUUUUUUUUUAUAAAUAAUAUAUAUUAUGUAUAUGAAAUGUGUAUCUAUAGUAUGUCUGUUCGGAGACAGACACGGCUGCACACUACAAUGCAGAUAAUGGUGAUUUGUAGAAAAUCGUAAGGUACUGGACUUCGUUACGAAGCAACUUGGAUGAUCUCUUAUACAUGAGCAGAUGAAAAAUAUUUUAUUGCCUAAGAAUGAGCUUGCAAAUCCCUGUUUGCAGAGAAGGUUACAGAAUACUGUUCUUUAUAACCAAAGAACUUCCAUAAGACUGAACGUUUUCGCUGUCCACUGUUGUUUUGUGUGAACAUACAUGUUUGACUGCAAGUUUGGUGCCAUACUUCCCUCGCGCUGCCCGUCUCUGUCCUGUGUUUCAUAAGCACACUGAGAAAUCUCACAGCUACAUUCUUUGGUCUUCCACCUGGCCCACCACCUACUGACUUGACAUUGUGUCACAGCCUGUUGACAAUGACUGGAGCUCUGACUCCAGAGUUCCCUAUACCUUGCUUCAGCCCAGCCAGGCAGGUGGAAUGCAGAGAGCAGUAUUAUUGUCAGAAAACACAAGGACAACCACGAGUUGGGUUUGGGUGGGGUGGGAUGAGAGGGGUGUUGAUUUUGGUGUUGUUUUUUUUUUUUAUGGUUUUGUUUUGGAUUGGUAGGUUUCACUGUGGUGUGGUUUUGCUGUUGUUAUUUUGCUUGGUUCUGGGAAAUGCUGAAGAGAUGGACUGAGCUAUAAAGUUACACGGUUCAUACUUUACCACGUUUGCAGGAGAUGAUCGAAUACAGAUGACCCUGCUUUCGUGUCUUCAUUUGUAAAAUUCUCCUAUGAACGGAGAUGUUGAAGGACUGUGUGUAUGAAAAGUCCUUUCUGUACCUGUUCUGUAGAUGCCUGUACAAUUGGUCUGGGUGCACAGCUACCAACACGUGAGCGAGAACGAGAGAAUGGGGGUACAGCCUGCUGUACCUUUUUUCUUUGAGUUCUUAGCAUCAGUAAAUGAGUAAGAUAUCGGAAACUUUAAUGAAAAGCUGCUGUUCAUGAUUUUUGUUUAUAGUGAGCUGACUGUAGUAUUUUAUUAUUGUCUGUUUAAAAAAAAGAAAAACUGUAAUUUAUAUCCCCUUUCAACUUUAUUGUAUUUAAUUGGUACAGAUUUCUGUGUGUGUUUUAGAAUACAGACUGUCUAAUUCAGAUUUUAAAAUAUCAAUUGUUUGUCUUUAAUAACCCUGCCACUAGUUACAGAUGUAACUUACCGUGUUUGUAUGUAUACAUGCUCCUGUAGUGUUAGACAAUACCAUCAGCUAACAUUUACUGAAAGUUUACUAUGUACUAGGUGCUGUUCCAAACAUUUGAUAUUUAUUAUUAUCUAUCCUCAGAGCAACGAUGCCAUAGGCACUACUGUUAUUAAGUGUUUGACAAAUGGGAAACUGAGGCAGAGAGGUUGGUACCGGAGAGGUGGCAAAGCCAGGGUUCAGCCCACGCUUCCAUCAGUCUCUCCUCUGUGCUCUGCCUGGUGGCGUGUCACAGAGGGGCAGGCCUCGCGAAGGGAGGAUGGGGCACUAUCAGAGGGCAGAAGUAUGUGGUGAGUGUCACAAGUUCUAGAUUGAGCAAUGUCCCAUGGGGGGACAUCUGGAGCAGGUGGGACAUGGUGUGUUAUUCCUGAUCACAAUGCUGAAAUCUUUACGGCAAGUAACAAUACUCUGCCACCUGUGAAAUAGUGGCCAAAGAUGGCGCCCUUUGGAAGUUUUAUCUAAAAAUUGUAUUACUACAGAAUCUUUUCAGAAAAAUCUCAGUUCACAAAAGCUUUUCUGAAGUUACCGAGAAUUAGAUCUAGCCUAUUCUGGACAGAAGAGUGCCUUAUACAGACUUACAGGAGAAAUUAGAGAGGGGGCCAAAAAACAAACCCAAAACUUAUUUAAAUUUUACAGAAUGGGGCCAGGGAGAGGAAAGCGGCUAUUUAAUGUUUAAAUAAAUGAUGAAAACUAAAAAUACAGUGCAAGAGAAAAUGUACAAUCGUCAUUCCCCUUAUUA